AUGGUUAUUGAUGCAACAUUGUACGAUGAUCCUACACAGUACAAGUGUUUGGCUGGUGCAUUACAAUAUUUAACUGUCACUCUUCCUGAUCUUUCAUUUUCAGUCAAUCAGUUGUGUCAACACAUGCGUGCUCCUACAGUUUCACACUGGGAACAAUUAAAAAGAGUUUUGAGGAAAAUUCAUGCCUUCUCUGAUUCUGACUGGGCUAGCUGUCCGAAGGACCGAAAAUCUACAAGUGGCUUUGCUGUGUUUCUUGGCUCUAAUAUUGUGUCUUGGUCUGUAAAAAAACAAAGAACUGUGGCUAGAUAUUCUACUGAGGCUGAAUAUAAAGCUCUAGCAUAUGUUUGUGAUGAAGUAACUUGGAUCGUUUCACUACUGCAUGAGAUCAAAGUUUCAGAUUAUCACUUUGUUCGAGAUAAAGUUGCUGCUGGAGAUAUUCAAGUCAAUUUCAUCUCAACAAAAGAUCAACUUGCAGACAUAUUCACAAAAAGCUUUGCCUAG